AUGAGUAAAGGAGACCAAUUAACUCAAGUGGUCCACUCUCCAUUUCCCAAGAAGCUCAAGUCUGAAUGCAAGAAGGCGGCAAAGAUAUUGUCAGAAUUUACAGUACCUUCAAGUGCAGUUGGACCAGAUAAAAUCAUCCCAGCUGGGAUUAUUAUGAACUGCUAUGGCAUUGCUGUAAUCACAGUGUUCCGAGCGGCAUUCUUUUUUGGUGCCAGAGGUGGAAGUGGUAUGGUGGUCUGCAAAUUGGACAGAUUUACAAAUAGAUGGUCUGCUCCGUCUGCCAUUGGAUUGGUUGGUAUUGGUGGAGGAUUGGAAUUUGGAGCUGAGGUGACUGAUUUUAUCUUCGUUCUCAAUACCCAAAGCUCGGUUGAUGCUUUCUCCAAAGGUAGCAAUGUCACUUUGGGAGCCAAUUUUUCAGUGGCAGCAGGCCCAAUGGGUAGAAGCGUUGAGGGGGAUGUUUCAGCUAGAAGUACUGCUGCCAUCUACACAUACAGUAAAACCAAAGGAUUGUACGCUGGCAUCUCAGUUGAAGGGGCAGGUCUUAUAGAAAGAAAAGCCUCCAAUGCUAAACUGUAUGGUACGGACAUUCGUGCUGUAGACAUAUUAGGAGGGAAAAUCGCACCACCACCUGAGGCAGUUCUCUAUGAUGCUUUGAAUUCACACAUCUCAGCUGGUAAGAAAGCGGCUCUUAAAAUGGCUGAAAGGGAGGCCAGAAAAGAAACAGCUAAACAAAUGCAGAAAUUGGAAGCAGGAGGUGGUGGCAGUGGGUUCUCACGUUGGAAGAGUAUGAGUUUCAGAAGUAAAGGAAGCUCUGGAGACAAACAAAAGAAACCUGAGGUGUCAAGGCGAGGUUCAGGUGCAUCAACAGGCAGUGCGCCCUCAUCACCAGAAAAAAGAAAAUCACAAGAUAAUUUUUCACGUACUUACUCGACAAGAUCAGCAAUGGCGGCUCCGGGUGCAUCUAGAAGUAACCGAACUUCGCUAGGUGCUGCCCUGACAGAAACCGAUUGGAACAGUCCACCUACUUGCAUUGCCAUGUUUGAUUUUGUAGCACUGCUGCCAUGUGAUUUGACUUUCAAGAAAGGCAACGUCAUCACUAUACUGACCAGAACCUCUACACAGAAUGACUGGUGGGAAGGCACUAUACAUGGUAAAACUGGCAUAUUUCCAGCCAACUACGUCAAAGCUCUCUAG